AUGAUGCAACGCAGUUUCUUUCGGCUGGCAGGGCGCAGCGGGGCCUUUGCGUUAUGCGGGACGCUGCGGAGCCCACCGUCUACGGGCACUGCCACCGUGCAGGAGAAUAGCCCCAAGGCAUUCAAGAUGCAGCCGAUGCAGCCCCAUUCGCGUUCCACACACAUGUACGAGACGAGUGCAAAGGGAGGCGAAGUGGGUGCCCGAAACGAGGCCGCCUGCAUGAAUUACGAAGCAUUCCAACCAACGGACCUUAACGGCAUGCUGGCAAUGCCACACACAAUCAAUUUGCUGACAAUCACGCCGAUUUACUGCUUUCUUGUAUGCCUUGCCAGCGUGGCAUGGGGGAUCUUCUACUGGGAUUUGUACUGCCGCCGCACCUACGAGACGGUCCUCAUUGCCCGGCCGGAAUCUUUGCGCUGA